AUGCUGCUCCCUCACCCCUCAAUUCUGCUCACCUCCCGCGCCAUCACCGGCAAUGUCACCUCGGCGGAGGUAUCGGUCGCCUACGGCCAGCCCAAAUACGCCGAGCGUCUCGACCGCCAGCUCCCUGCGCUGAGUAUCGAGAUGGACCGCUGGCCCGACUGGUCAGGUCCUAAAGUCGGCCAGCCCAACCCCUUUGUCAACAACAUCUUUGCCCAGGUGACUGAGCGUACUGGCGCAGCGAUGUAUCUCCGUGUCGGGGCCAACUCGGAAGAUCGAGCUCGUAUCAACCUCACAUACGAAGUCGUCAAUCUCACCUUCCCUGCUCCUACCCCUGACACCCCCGCUCCCGAGGCCUCCUCCAUCUCCAUCGGUCGGGACUGGUACCGCCUCUCUGCCAACUUGCCGGACGGUACCGACUUCCACUGGGGCGUCAACUACAAGGUCCAGAACGAGACGGAGACUCAGGCGCAGAUCCGGCUGCUGGCCGCGGCCUUCCAGGGCGGCUCCAAGCUCAAGGUGAACCUCCGGGAGCUGGAGGUGGGGAAUGAGGUCGAUCUCGCCGACCGGGGAAGCACCGCCCCUCCCAGCACCCCUCAGAGCUACGUCAGCUACUGGAACAAACAGAUCAAGGCCGCCAUGUCCUCGGGCGCUAUCACCCUCGGUUCCGCCUCUGGCACGUACCUCUCCCCCGGCGCCUUCGCUCGGUCCAUCCGGUUCAACACAAACUGGAUCUUUACCGCCAUGUCGGUCUUCAGCGCCGGGCUCCUCAACGAUGGCGCGGUCGCCGCGGUCACCAAGCAGUACACCGGGCAUCUUUACUCGGCAUCGUACAAUGCGGCGUUUGCGGUUCAGCCCGGAGUGCUCAUGGACAAGGUGAAUGUCAGGGGGAACUUGUCGACGCGGGUCGCAGAUGCGGUUCUAGCGAGGAAGGAGGGCUUGGUUUAUGUUCUGGGCGAAUCCAACUCCUAUUCAAACCACGGUGCUCCCGGCGCUAGCAACACCGCCGAAGCCACCCUCUGGGGAACGGACUACAUGCUCUACGCCGCUUCAAACGGUAUCGAGCGCGUCCACUUCCACAACGGUCGCGGGUUCGCCUACAGCGUCGUCCAGCCCUCCAUCCUGAACGGUUCUGGCCUCGACGACGGUCUCAGCCACCCCGAUCGGCCGCACAUCGCCCCGCUCUGGAACUCGUUCCUCAUCGUCGGCGAGGCCAUCGGGACAUCCGGCAACUCGUACGUCGCCGAGCUCGGAACCAACUCGUCCGCCCUCGCCGCGUACGGUAUCUACGAGGACAACUACCUCCGCCGCAUCGUGCUCGUCAACAGCCAGGUCUACCUCGCUACCACGCAAGGCGGACGUCAGGGUCUCAAUGUCAGCUUGAGCGGAUGGACCGCUGGUCAGUAUGCGACCGUGAAGCGCUUCACUGCGCCUUACACCAACUCGACUUCUGGCUUGUCAUGGGCGGGUCAGAACUUCGACACGGCGAGCGGAAGCCCCGAGGGGUCGGUUGUUGAGGUCCCGGUCAAUGGCAGCACCAUCUCUGUCGAGGCUAGUUCUAUCGCUCUCAUCUGUCUCAAGUAG